UGUGUGUGUGAGAGUGUUAUAUAUCGUACAGUACAGCUUGCAACGCUACAUUUACUCUCUCUCUCUCUCUCUCUCUAGAAACUAGCUCCAGUUGUGGCUUCUUCUUCUCCAUUAUUCUCGUGUGCUCAACUUUUAUUUUCUUCAGUUAAUGCUCCGGUCGGUGCUCCGUUGACCGUCGGUGUUCUGUUGUUGACCGUCGGUCCUAUGUGACUUAAGUUACCAAACAUUAAAAAGGUAUUUUCAAGCAAUGGAACACAAGUCAUGGCUAUGGAAGAAAAAGUCAAUUGAGAAGACCAUGUUUACACCUGAUAAGGUCAACAGAGGGAAUGAAGAUGAGUUACAGGGAAUUUUAGCUUAUGAAGAUGAACUUGAAAGAAACUUGAAUAUUUCAAAUGAAAAGCUUUCAAAUGCACUUGCUGAGAUUAAAACCAAAGAUGACAUUGCUAAGAAACAAACAAACAUCGCACGUGAAGCCAUUCAAGGAUGGGAGAAAGCAGAAGCAGAAGUUUUAGCAUUAAAACAAGAGCUAGAAAAAGCUACACAACAAACAGCAGAAAGUGAUGAGAGAUUAUAUGGUGUUGAUGCAGCUUUAAAAGAGUGUAUGCAUCAGCUUAGAUUCGUUCGUGAAGAACAAGAAAAAAGGAUUCAUGAUGCUGUGAUGAAAACAUCACGAGAAUACGAAAAAUCAAGAAUCAUUCUAGAGGAAAAGUUAUCAGAAUCGAAUAAAAAACUUUCGAAACUAAUUUCCGAAAAUACCCAUUUGACUAAAGCUCUUUUAUCAAAAGAAAAACUCAUAGACGAACUACAUUUAUCAAAGAAUCAAUUGGAUUCUGAUCUGAGUUCACUCAUGAGUCGACUCGAGUCAACUCAGAGAGACAACGCUUCUUUAAGCUAUGAAGUCAGAGUCAUGGAGAAAGAACUUGAAAUCAGAAACGAAGAGAGAGAUUUCAAUCGAAGAACUGCUGACGUGGCACACAAACAACACUUAGCAAGUGUGAAAAAGAUUGCACAGCUGGAAACCGAAGCACAAAGACUCCGUGUUCUUGUUAGAAAACGUCUCCCGGGUCCCGCUGCUCUUGCAAAAAUGAAGACCGAAGUAGAAUUGCUCGGAAAAAAGUCAAACUUUGACCAUGAUUCAAUCACUUCAACAUCUUCUGACAUUGAUGAAAAGGCAAGCAUGGCUGAAUCGUGGGCCCCAUCUUGCAAAACAGUAGGAGCUUCAGAUAUCGGAUUAAUGGAUGAUUUCAUUGAAAUGGAAAAGCUAGCAAUAGUUUCAGUUGAAAAUCAAGAAACCCCAUUUGAUAAAAAGUCAAUUGAAAAACUUAUUGAGAUGAUUGAAGGGAUGAGAUUAUGUGAUAAAGCUUCAGAAACAUCAACAACAACAGAAGGAUACACAGUUCGUGUUCUUCAAUGGAAGACAUGUGAGCUUAGUGGUGUUGUUGAAUCGUUUGUAAAAACUUGUAAUGGUUUGUUGAACAGGAGCGUUGACUUUGAGAAAUUUGUCAAAGAGUUGACUUUGACUUUGGAAUGGAUUGUGAACCAUUGUUUUUCUCUUCAAGAUGUGUCAAGUAUGAGGCAUGAAAUGGAUAAAAGAUUUGAUUGGGGGGAUGAGAAUCGUGGUGAGUUUGAAGAGGUUAAGAAAUUGAAAGAUGAUUUGGAUAAUUUGGAACAGAAAUUGGAAUUGGAAGUUGGGAAGAGUGAGUUGUUGGUUAUGAAGGUUAAGGAAUCGGAAAAAGUGAUUGAAAAUUUGGAAUUGGAAUUGGAAUCUUUGAAGGUGUCAAAGGAAUUGGAUAUGAAGGUGAAAGAAGAUCUUGAUGAACAGUUGAUUGAGGCGAUUGGUGAGUAUAAUGAGAUUUUUGAAAAAUCUAUGUCUGUUGAAGGGCAAGAAAGUAAUAACACUAGCUGUAAUCAAGAACUAGAAUCUGAAAAUCUUGAUCAACAAUUCAUGUCUGAAUGCGUGAUAGAACGGGAUAUACAAACAAUUGAGUUGAACGAAGAUGAAAAGAGACUUCAAAGUGAGCGUGAAAUAAUAGUGGCUUCAGAAAAAUUAGCCGAAUGCCAAGAAACAAUUUUAAACCUCGGGAAACAAUUAAAAGCAUUAGCUUCACCAAUAAAUACAUCCGUUGGUUCCGAUAAAAUUAUAUGCAACCCGAUUUAUGAAGCUCCGCCACCUCCACCACCACCACCACCCGUAACCGCCGCCACGAACCACCACCGGAUUUCUCUUCUCGAUAAAAUGAUGGCGGAGGAUGCGGCAAAAGCUAUCGAAUCCACAAAAACAAAAUCAUCAUUUGUAGGUGUAAAUGGGAUUAAUGGAAUAAAUCAUCAAGAAGAUGAAGAUGCUUUGGUGAAUUUUUUGUCAAUUGUUCCAAGUAAGAAGAAGAAAAGUGGAGUGUUGAGGAAAUUGCUUUGGAGAAGGAAGAAAAGUAACAAGUGAAAUGACGUUUUUGUCCUCCUAGUUGACAUUUUUGGCAUAUGGUUUGAAUAUUAUAUGACACGUAUGUAAAAAAAAAAUUUAUAAUAACAGUAGAUUAUGUCAAAUCGAAUGUAAUUAGGAGGAUAUACUAUAGUUGUGUGGGUUGGGAUUUGGGAAUAAUGUGAUUUGGCUUUUGGUUGGAAUCCCUAAAAGAUAUAGAAAGAAAAGAGAUGGAUUUUUGUUGUAAUGUGAUGUGUGUAUAUAUAUAAUAUAACUGUAACCUAAAGAAAUGGGAUUUGCUUUUGAAUGAAGAUCUAAGCC